AUGGCCACGACACCCUCCGCAAGCCCCCGCCGCCUCCUGCCCCUCUCCCUGGGGCUCUUCCAGGCUGCUCUGCUCCUCUUCUUCGCCCUCUUCGUCACCUACGAUGAGCCCUCAGCACAGGCAGAAGAUGCCAACUCAGUGGCUAACCAGCUCUACAGCAUCUUCCCCUUCUUCCAGGACAUCCAGGUGAUGCUGGUGGUGGGGCUGGGGCUCUUACUGACCUUCCUGCCCCGCUAUGGGCUCAGUGUCCUCACCCACAACUUCCUCCUGCUCAAUUUCUCCAUGCAAUGGGCGCUGCUGCUGCAGGGCUUGGUCCAUCACGUCCACCAUGGCCAGGUCCACUUGGGCCUCCGCAACAUCCUCACUGCAGAGUUUGCUGCUGUGACAGUGCUCAUCUCCACGGGGGCCAUCCUGGGGAGGACCAGCCCCUGCCAGCUCCUCGUCAUGGCCGCAUGUGAAAUCCCCAUCUACUUUGCCAGCGAGUGGGCCAUCAUCACCCAUCUGGGUGUCCUGGAUGUGGGGGGCACCAUCACAAUCCAUGUCUUCUCCUGCUAUUUCGGCCUCGGCGUGUCCAAGGCUCUGUUCAGGGCAGCACAGCAGCCAGUGCACCCCAAGGAGACCCCAACACCCCGCUCUGACCUCAUGUCCCUGAUUGGGACACUCAUCCUCUGGGUUUUCUGGCCCAGCUUUGUGGCUGUUCUCUGCCAACCGGGAGACGCGCAGCACCGCGCCAUCCUCAACACCCUCCUGGCCAUGAGUGCCAGCGCCGUGACCACCGUGGUGGCCUCCAGCCUGAUGGACAGGGAUGGGAAGCUCAGCCCUGGCCACCUGCAGAACGGCAGCUUGGCCGGCGGGGUGGCCAUCGGCACGGUGGCUGACAUGGCCAUGCCACCGGUGGCCGCUGUUGCGUUGGGGAGCCUCUCAGCCAUGAUGUGCCUCCUCGGCUUCAAGUUCCUCACCCCAUUCCUGCUGAGGAAGCUUGUCCUGCAGGACCAAUGCGGCAUCCACAACCUCCACGGCUUGCCCGGCAUCCUCGGUGCCGCAGCCAGCGCCGUGGCCAUCCUGGUGGCACCCGAUGACACUGCCGGGUACCACUUGUCCCCCACUGGGGGCAAUGCCACCAAGGAGGUGGCGAUGGGACGGUUCGGGGGCCGCGGGGCGGGUUGGCAGGCGCUGUGCCAGGUGCUGGGGCUGGCGGUGGCUGCCGGUGGCUCGCUGCUCGCCGGGCUGCUCACCGGUGCCGCGCUCCAGGCGCCCUGCCUGGCCCCGCCGCCGCAGCGGCUCUGCUUCGAUGACUCGCUGUAUUUUAAGGUCCAGGAUGAGGCUGAGAGCGAGGGGAUGGGUGGCACUGCGGAGGAAGGGGCCCUGGCAAUGAAGGAGCAGGUUUAG